AAAUAUCGUCUCGGAGCUGGAACAACUCAUCUUUAUCAACACGGACGUCGGCCGGUGCCGCGCCUGGCUGCGGCUGGCGGUGAAGGGCCUCGUGGAGUGUUACCUGCAGCUGCUGCUGCGGGAGAAAUCCCGGCUGCCCGAGUACUACCAGGCGACCGCGCUGCUCUUGGACGCCGAAGAGUGCGAGUUUCUCCUUAGCUACCUGCAGGGUUUAUCGUCCUUAACCUUUGAGCUCUCCUAUAAAUCGGCGGUUUUGAACGAGUGGACCAUCACCCCACUGUCCCUGUCGGGUCUGUGUCCCGUUUCGGAGCUGCUGGAGCCCCUCACGUCCUCGACGUCUGAACCCCGCAGAAAAGCGUCACUGGGUUCCAUCUCCCAAUCGUCGGGCUCGGAUGAGAUCGAGAUCCAACCCUCUGUCCUCCCCAUCUGCAAAGCCAGCGGCAAACCCAAGCUCACGUCAUCCUCGCUGAGCCUCAACACCACCAGUUCAUCCCAGCUCUCCUCCAGCCUGGGCUCCGACAGCGUCCUCCCGCCUCCCUGCGCCCGCAGCCCCGAGCGCAACGAGGAGCCGCUCUCCUGCGACUCCGACCUGGGGACGGCCACUGCCGAGGACCUGGACAGGUCGCUGCAGGAGGUGUUGUCGGAAUUCAGCAAAGCCAAGCCAAGCUGGGAAGCCCCAGAGGGAGUCCCCAGUGGGCUGGGCUGCUCCCCACA